CUUGAAGAGUGGGAGAAAAACUAAGAAAACGAUGUAGUUUUCCAAAAAUCAAUCAAUUUCAAAACCCAUAAGAAGCCCAUACAAUACAGGCAUACAAUACAAAGGACUCCCCUGAGAAAAAGCAGAGCACUGUCUCGAAUCCAACAAAACCACAUACAAAAGAGGGUUUGGUUCUACAGUUCUUUGUCCUUCCUCUCUCUGUCUCCCUCUCUCGCUAAAAAAUGGCAGCAAUGUCUACGAGGAAAUUCCUUACGCUAAACCCACUAUCCAGCUCUCCUUUGAAACAAUCACUCCUUUUCUCAUCUUCUCUCAGCUACUCUACCAAGUCUUCUGCUUUUGGUGCCAGAAACAAAAACACAGCAACAGAGAAGCUUAGUGACAUCGAUGACAACGCUGAAAACGAUUCUGUACCCACUUCAGGAAUAAGUAGGCCACUCUCUGAAAUACUCAAAGAACUCAACAAAAAGGUCCCUGAUACUCUUGUUAGUCAGCGUGUUGAUAAUGGGUUUUCGAUCAAAUAUGUCCCUUGGCAUCUUGUUAACAGGAUUAUGAAUUUACAUGCUCCAGAAUGGUCUGGUGAGGUUCGGAACAUCACUUAUUCACCUGAUAGCAAGUCUGUAUCUGUUGUUUACCGUGUCACUCUUUAUGGGACUGAUGCUGAGUCGUGUCUUAAUCGAACUCUGAUGCCUAAACCAGAGGGAGUAGUUGUGAAAGGCAUAUAAGGCUAAUAAAAUUGAGAGCAAGAAGAUGUGCAUUCCUGAGCAGACUGGUUGAUACUUUUUACUUGAGGUGAUCUUAUUUCAUAUUUUUUGCUUGAGAGGUAAGGGGGGGCCUUUUCAACUAAGGUAGGCAAAAUGUGUCCUUGAGAAAAUAAAGUCUUGAGUGUUAAGAACUCCAUUGACGCUGCAUUUCUCUGAUGAAAGAGUAGACAACACAGCUAAUAGGACAGCUCAUGACAUGGGAGAUUUCUCUUAUUGAUCUUCUUAGUUCUUCAGCUUGAUGUUUUUCAAAAGUGGCUUAUUCUUAACAGAACCUAACGGUUUGGUGAAGGAGUAAAAAAUAAAGAACAACAUUAGAAAUUUUGGGGUCUAAAACUCCAUGUCUGAGAUAUACUUUUCCAGUUAAGGUAUAGUACCUUUUGUUAACUGAAGUUGAAUUUCUAGAGAAAUUCUGAAAGUUGAGAUUUGGUAAUUUGCCUUCUUUACGUGGAAUGCUAUACAUCUGCUGUGUUUCCAACUUGAGCAACUGUCCUUGUUGAUUGAAUAGCGUGCUAACUGAAGAUAGGGUUUGAGGCAGACUACAGAUUUCAAUUUAAUGAAUGAAGCUUAACAUAUCUUACAAAAAAAAAAAAUCUUUAAAAGUAAAAAUAGGGAAAACAAAUAAAAUAAAAGUGAAAGUGAAAAUAGUUUCAGCCUUUCAGAUUGUUGGUGGCUAGAUUGGUACUUUGGAACAUUGAUGUAGUUGUUAGUAGUCACGAAAAAUUGUAGCUGAUUUGCUAUGAAAUGUGAGGUUCGUUUCACUUAAUUUUUGGAAUAAAUAUCUAAUUUGCGCGCUGUUAUUUACUGAAAUAUGGAGCACAAAGGUUUCUGCUAUAGGAGAUGCUUUAUUAGGCAGUUUUUAACUAUUAUGAAUAGUGAGACUUAGGAAGAUGUUCACUGAUUGGUAAGUUGAUUGUUAUUAUGUUUCAAUUGAAGAUAAAACCAAUUUUACAUGAUGGGGAAGGUAAGAAAUUGUAAAAUAUGUAUAUUUCUUUGUUAUAUUUUUACUGCAUUUUCCUCCCCCCCUCUCCUGAUAUCUGGUAAAAUGGUAUUGCAACAAUCACUAAAAUGUUUAGACGUCUACUUAAGUGGGUUUCUUUACAUGAUCCUUUAAUCAGCCAUGACCCGCUUUUGUCCAACUUUUAUAUGCAUCUCGAGAAUUUAUAAAAUUUAUCUCCUUCUGAAAGCCAUCUCUUACCCACGCUACUAAUAGUUAUAUUUCCAUUGAGUUCAGUUGCGUGAAUUGAAGAGAAUUGCUAACAGUGAUCUCCUGUUAACUCUCUCCUUUU